UCGAAAAAGCUUGGAGAUGCUGUCACUUUCAUGCAGCAGGAUUACCAAACAACUGAAAAACUUAAUGAGCAGGACACUGCAUAACGGGACCCAUCGAAGACGACAUAACACCCUCACCCCACUUGACGUCAGCCGUGAAGUCUAUUGAACGACUUUCCGUGAAAAGAGCAAGGGCUGUCCAUUAGCACCGUGAUAACUGCGUACCGCGCGUGUCGAAUUGCAAUGCCCACGAUCACUCAGCGACAGCAAAGAUAGCCUAAAUCAGCGUAGGUCUUCGUCAUUCGAUUGCACUGAAACUAGCAAAAGCCUUCGGCGACAGCCCGCAGUUUGACCGUGUGUAGGGAUGGCUACUAUUACGGGUUUUUCACACAAGCGAUAGAUCUAAUUCUGCCUAUUCACCCUACGAGGCCGGCUAGCAACAGUCAACAUAAAUAGGGUUCUCUGCCAGAUAUACAGCGGCAGGCUACGGCCGCUGCAGUCACGGCGGUGCUUGAUAAUACUACAUUUUUGAUGGUGGUGAGAGUGGCUUCUACUUCAUUAGUUCACAAGAGAGAAGGAAAAAAGAGCUUCGUACGAUCAUUUCUGCUGCUGUUGGCGGCGGUAGUGGGCGAUGCCGGUAUCAGUAUCACUCGCUAAAGUGAGGCAGCUGUGCGCGGGUACAUGCGGUAAUUCGAUGACGGCAAAAACCAUGUGAUGAGAUAGCCCAUACUGAGUCGUCAUGAUCGUUGACGUAUUGGACUAACGAAAAUGAAAUCGUGCUCUUAUUAAAAGUGAUCUACGUGUUUGUAAAGACGUCGUGUUGUCUCCAACGCGCAAUGGCUUCGUUAAGUAUUUGAGGAAAAACGGGGCGGUUUUGUUGGCGCGAAUCUGGAUCGUGUCCCCCUCUGUAAAACGAAGGGAAGAGAGCCAAAAGCUGCGCCAAACGGAAUACUUUGUUGGUAGGAAGGAUUAUUGAAAAGUGUACAUUUCGUGGAAAAAUAAACUUGUGUCAGAUUAUUCCUUGUUAACAAACGUCAACUACAGAGAAAUUUAGCACCAGCUAAAAAUGAUGGUUGACUCGGAAAAGCUCAAUAGGAGACCACCGCAAACCUGGACAGAGCCCGUUGCAUUACUUGCUCUCGCAGUUAUUUUCAUUUGCAUUACGUGCAAGAUUUACUCACGGUUAACCGUCGGCAUGUGCACGUCUAAAAAAAGUAUGCGUGGUAAGACUGUGAUUAUUACUGGUGCCAAUGCGGGCAUUGGCAAAGAGACCGCUAAGGAACUGGCUCGAAGAGAUGCGCGAGUCAUCAUCGCCUGCCGAAAUGUCCAGAAGGCUGAGAUGGCCGCCAAAGAGAUCGAGGCUGAAACAGGCAAAUGCGUCGUUAUUAAGAAGCUUGACCUCUGCUCGCUCAAAUCGAUCAAGGACUUUGCCGAAGAUAUUAACCGAGGUGAGGAUCGUUUAGACGUUCUUAUCAACAAUGCCGGUAUUGUUCCGUUUCCCGAGCGCGUUGAGACGGUCGACGGCUUCGAGCAGACGUUUCAGACCAACCACCUCGGUCCGUUCCUUUUGACCAAUCUCCUCCUUGACAAACUGAAGCAAAAUGCGCCGUCUCGUAUUAUUUCGCUGUCAUCCAGCCUGCAUUACUUCGGUCGUAUCGAUCCCGAUAACUUAGAAUACGCUUUGUACACUGUCCCCAUGCAGGUCUACUCGGAUACGAAACUAGCAAAUAUUUUGUUCAUCCGAGAGUUGGCUAGACGCCUCAAAGGAACCGGCGUCACAGCUAACGUUUGCCAUCCGGGGGCAGUUCAAACAGAUAUAAAUUCCACUUAUGUCGGUUUCUUGAAUUGCUGCCUAAACACACUCUUCUACUUUUUCGGAAAGACACCCGAAGAGGGCGCACAGACUUCGCUACAUCUAGCGAUAUCUGAAGAAGUCGAAAAUACGACAGGCGAGUAUUUUAAGGAUUGUCACAUAACAAAGGGAAGCGCCGCUUCUAGAGACAUGAAGCUUGCGGCAAAACUAUGGAGCCAGAGUGAAACGCUUAGUAGACUUUCAAGCUAAAAAGCAAGGAUAGCCGAGCUAGUGCAGGAAAUCAUCUAAAGCAAUAACGAUAGUCCUGAAGCAAGGCCAAUAGAAAAAUUAUGCUUUUUUAUCACAAAUGUUCCUGCAAUAUAACGAGGGUUCUAUCAGUCAUGCGCCACGAUUACUGCCCCAUCAAAGCAUAAUCAAGCAAAAUUCAAGCCGAAAUGACGGACCUAUCGGCUUGGGAUCACUUGUUAACUAUAGCUGCGACGACGUCCUUAUACUCCUAGGCAUCUCAGCAAAAUUGAGUACCUAUCUUAAAGUGUAGAGAUGAUCUCCUUGAUCCUCCCUUAGACUCCACUAGUAAAUUUAGCAAGGUUUCCAUCAUUUUGCAGCACUUACGUUAGCUGUUCAUAUAUGACGAAUAAAUUUUAGCUAAAAUAAAAUAAUAAUAUCCUAGAGGAGCUCAUUCAUUUUCAUGCGAGUGUCUGUAACUGUUGUAAGUUUUUCAUUCCUGAACGCCUUUGAACAAAGAUCUAAGAAGUUAUAUAUUGUCUAAUCAGUUAGUGAUUAAUUAAGUAAGUUGCAAUUGACUCAAUUUUUUUACAGAACCUAAUAUAUUUAUGCUAGUGUAGAACGACGAUGAAUCAUUCGCGGUGCUACCUAGUAAGUGUAAACGGUCUAAUAUUUAAUUAUCAAAAAAUGGGAAGGUUUAACGGAUAAAGGAAAGAGCUCGUACUACGACCGUUAUAAUCAUAACUAUCGCUGUUUUUUUUUUAUCAUAAUCUCCGUUAGUGUUUAGAAGAACGACAAUAAGAUUUACUAUUUAAGAGCAAGUAGUCAUCUCUAACAGCUGCUGUACGUGUAGUAGUGACACGGUAAUAACAGUAAUGAUAGAAAUAAAAUUAUACCGUCGUCUGUGACGACACCGGUGGUCCAUCAAAUCGUGUGUUUUAUUGUUAUGUAACCACACGUGUAUAUAUGUUUAUUUUUAGUUCAGUUUCUUGGUUUAUCUUGAUGUCAGCUUAAUGCGGUAAACGCUUUACAUGAUCAUGACAAUUGUCAUACGUUCGUUGAUGGCUUAUACUAUCUGUCAGAAGUAAUAUGAUUUUCGCGUAUAAUAUGGUAUCUUUUACCAUCUAUUUGCAUGUGUAAGUGGUAUUUGCAAUAGUUUGAUAUGUUGAAAAAUGCUAUCGAUAACUUAACGAAGUCUUGGCUCCCUUUGUGACAAGAGAUAACUUGGUAACUUUGCUAAGCUCCUACAAGCGAAUCCGGCGAUCUUUACAACGGAGC